UUAGAUUUCUUUAUCCUACAUGGCUACUCCCAAAUCCUCCUUUUAGAUCUCUCCCUUCAAAGGCAACCCAAUUUCAUUUCAUUACUGAAAUACACAAAUAAACCCAUUUGCUUCCUAGCUAGGAUCCUGCAGACAUGGCUGCUACUUCUGGUGCUCUGCUCAAUGGAUUGGGAUCUUCCUUCCUCUCUGGAGGGAAAAGAACUCAAGCCUUGCUGGGUUUGGGAGGAAAUAAAAUGGGAUGUGGCUCAAAGAAGUUUGUGGUUAUGGCUGCUGCUGCUGCUAAACCAAAGAAGUCUUGGAUCCCUGGUGUUAGAGGUGGUGGCAACUUCAUUGACCCUGAGUGGCUCGAUGGCUCGCUCCCAGGUGACUAUGGAUUCGACCCACUAGGCCUAGGGAAAGAUCCAGCAUUUCUGAAAUGGUACAGAGAAGCAGAGCUCAUCCAUGGACGGUGGGCGAUGGCUGCUGUGGUGGGGAUCUUUGUAGGACAAGCCUGGAGUGGCAUUCCUUGGUUUGAGGCUGGUGCUGAUCCAGGUGCUAUUGCACCAUUCUCCUUCGGCUCUCUUUUGGGGACUCAGCUUUUGCUCAUGGGAUGGGUGGAGAGCAAGAGAUGGGUUGAUUUCUUCAACCCAGAUUCACAGUCAGUGGAAUGGGCAACUCCAUGGUCAAGAACUGCAGAGAACUUUGCUAAUGCCACUGGAGAACAAGGAUACCCAGGAGGCAAAUUCUUCGAUCCGUUAGGGUUCGCAGGGACUAUAAAAGAUGGAGUUUAUAUUCCUGAUGUGGAGAAGCUUGAAAGACUCAAAGUUGCAGAGAUUAAACAUGCUAGACUUGCAAUGGUUGCCAUGUUGAUCUUCUACUUUGAGGCUGGUCAGGGAAAGACCCCUCUUGGAGCUCUUGGGUUGUAAAAUUUAUGAAAGAAAUCCAUGUUAAAAUGUGAAUGUAGAUAAUCUGUUCAAUUUAGAGAACGAAUCUCGAGAGCCAUGAGCAAUGAGUUCCCUCAAGGAUAAUUCAAAAUUAUUUUGGCUUUGCUUCA